GGAGUCAUAAGGUGGCAUGAUGGUGAUCAAAUUUGCCACAUGAAGAACGGAAUACAAAAAUUUGCGAGUGCUGAUCAUCAGCCUCAUUCUCGGAAGUAAAAAGCAUACCAUUGGUGCCUUUGUUUGACUAAAUGAUUCCGUCAAACCAAGAUGUGAAUGCUCACUGAGAACCUAAUAAAAGUCUCAGCAACGUGAUAACUUAUUAUUUUAUUUUAUCACAAUUCAUUGCUCUACAUAAUCCCACAUCCCACCCAAGAAAGAGUAUCUGAAUCUCCAACCAAGACGGAGAGAAAGAAGACACAAUCAAUCUCUUUCUCUCUCUAUCCUUUCUCUCUCUACUCUCUGUAAGAUGGGUUGGGAUAAUGAAGCACUCCCGUCUGAAGCUCAGAAUGGCAACACUUCACGUGAUACAGGCCAUACUCGGCUGCAAGAGCUCGGCUACAAACAAGAACUCAAGCGUGAUCUCUCGGUCAUAUCGAAUUUCGCCUUUUCGUUCUCGAUCAUAUCGGUGCUUACUGGUAUAACCACACUGUACAACACUGGGCUCAAUUUUGGUGGUCCGGUUGUUUUAGUUUACGGGUGGCUUAUUGCUGGUGCAUUCACCAUGUUUGUUGGAUUGUCUAUGGCUGAGAUAUGCUCUUCUUAUCCAACAUCUGGUGGUCUGUACUACUGGAGUGCCAAGCUUGCUGGACCUGGGUGGGCACCCUUUGCUUCAUGGAUCACGGGAUGGUUCAACAUUGUUGGUCAGUGGGCUGUUACGACGAGUGUGGAUUUCUCACUCGCAACGCUGAUUCAGGUGAUUAUUCUCCUCAGCACAGGUGGAAAAAAUGGUGGGGGAUAUAAGGCCUCUAAAUAUGUAGUUAUUGCUUUCCAUGGAGGAAUUUUGCUCCUACAUGCCAUCUUAAACAGUCUCCCUGUCUCGUGGUUGUCCUUCUUUGGACAGCUUGCUGCUGCAUGGAACCUCGUAGGUGUUUUUGUUCUCAUGGUUCUCAUUCCCAUGGUCGCAAAGGAGAAGGCUAGUGCCAAGUUUGUCUUCACUCAUUUCAAUGCUGAUAAUGAGGAUGGAAUCAGCAGUAAAUUCUACAUAUUUGUUCUUGGACUCCUGAUGAGCCAGUACACCCUAACUGGGUAUGAUGCAUCUGCCCAUAUGACCGAGGAAACUAAGAGUGCAGAUAUAAAUGGACCAAGAGGAAUAAUUAGUUCCAUUGGCAUAUCUAUAGUUGUUGGAUGGGGUUACUUGAUUGGUAUCACCUAUGCAGUUACCAACAUCCCAUACCUCUUGAACACAGACAACGAUGCUGGUGGGUAUGCCAUUGCAGAAGUAUUCUAUCUUGCGUUCAAGAGUAGAUAUGGCAGUGGUGUUGGGGGGAUUAUUUGUUUGGGAGUGGUUGCUGUUGCUAUUUUUUUCUGUGGGAUGAGCUCAGUCACUAGCAAUUCCAGGAUGGCUUAUGCAUUCUCAAGAGAUGGAGCCAUGCCAUUGUCAUCAUUUUGGCAUAAAGUAAACAAGCAUGAGGUCCCGAUAAAUGCAGUUUGGCUCUCUGCUUUUAUAGCUUUUUGCAUGGCCCUGACGUCUCUCGGAAGCAUAGUGGCAUUUGAAGCCAUGGUAUCAGUAGCAACAAUAGGACUCUAUAUUGCAUAUGCCUUUCCCAUCUUCUUUCGGGUGACUUUGGCACGCAAGUCUUUUAUUCCAGGGCCUUUCCACUUGGGCCGUUAUGGGGUCGUUAUUGGUUGGAUUGCAGUUCUCUGGGUAGCAACAAUCUCCGUGCUCUUCUCUUUACCUGUACACUACCCAAUAGAUGAUCAGACCCUCAAUUAUACCCCUGUUGCAGUCGGCGGACUAUUCAUUCUUACUGUUGCUUCGUGGAUUUUGAGUGCUAGGCACUGGUUUAGAGGUCCAGUAACCAACAUAAAUAGCUGAAGUAGUGUGUGGGUAUGAUGUGGUAUUUGUUCGUUAGAGAUAAAUUGUAGGUGAUAGUUCUCAUAUACCUCUGUAUCUUUCAAUAUUCUUCUACUAUUAAAAUUGUAUCAGUUGACUGAAUGAAUUUAAACAUGAAGAUUGAGUAAAAGUAGUGCUGAACUUCAUGACCUUCUGAGGUGUUAUGUGUAAUAGGAACUUCUCAUCUUUCUUACUCA